AUGCCAGUUGACCUGAAUGGGUAUUGGAAAAUGAUCUCUAAUGACAACUUCGAAGAGUACUUGAAAGCCCUCGAUGUAAAUGUUGCCAUUAGGAAAAUUGCCACUUUGUUGAAGCCCGACAAAGACAUCAGUGUUGAUGGUGACCACGUUGUCAUCAAGACCCUCAGUACCUUUAAGAACUACAACAUGGAUUUCCAUGUUGGCAAGGAGUUUGAGGAGGAUCUGUCAGGGGUGGAUGACAGAAAAUGCAUGACCACUAUCUCAUGGGAGGGGGACAAGCUGGUGUGUGUUCAGAAGGGAGAGAAGGAGGGCCGAGGCUGGACCCAUUGGGUGGAGGGAGAUAGGCUUUAUUUGGAGCUGAGAGCAUGUGGAGCUGUGUGCAAACAGGUCUUCGAGAAAACUUAAACCAGCCCUGGAACAACAGAACGGUACCCCUUACCUGAGAGUGCAGAGAGACACGGACACGACCCCCAACCUGAGAGUGAAGAGAGACACGGACACGACCCAAGCCUGUGACAGAGAACCACCUAUUGUACACAUCCGUUCAUCA